AUGCAACUCUCAAGAGCAAUAGGGUUCUUCCAUGGAAACAUUUUCUUAUUAAGUGCCACAGUAGGGGCAGGAAUAUUUGUAUCUCCUAAGGGAGUACUGAGUUACUGCUUGCUGAACAUUCCUGUCUCCUUGAUUAUAUGGGUACUUUGUGCCAUACUCAGUAUGAUCAAUGCUCUCUGUCUUGUGGAGGUGGGGACCACCUUCCCUAGAAGUGGAGCAACUUAUUUUCUCCUCAAAAGAACACUUGGAUCCUAUGUUGCUUUCUGUUCUGUUUGGAUCAAUUUUUUUGCUUAUUUAAUAGGACUCAGUGCACAAAGCUUGCUGGUAGCUAGCUAUUUAAUUCAGCCUUUUUAUGCUGGGUGCUCACCUCCAGAGCUGCCAAAGAAAUGCCUAGCUUUGGCCAUUUUGUGGUUCUUGGGACUUCUGAACACUCAAGGGAUAAAAAGAGUGUCCUGGUUUCAAACUGCGAGUUCUUUGAUGAAGAUGUCUAUUCUCUGUUUCAUUUCCCUAACCGGGAUCAUCCUGUUAGUGACUGGGAAAAAGGAGAACCUGUCUAGGUUUGAGAAUGCUUUGGAUGCUGAACUUCCUGAUGCCUCGCAAAUUGUAGAAGCCAUUCUCCAAGGAUUCUACCCAUACAUAGGAUGCACACUCCUGACAAACAUAGCAGGAGAAGUAAAAAACCCUACCAAGACACUUCCCAGAUCUUUAAUAUCUUCUCUGUCCAUUGUGACUGUGAUGUACUUGUUGACUAAUGUAUCCUUCCUGACAGUUUUGACACCAAAGGAAAUCAUCUCUUCAGAUUCUGUUGCUGUCACGUGGAUGGACAGAGUACUCCCUUCCAUGCAAUGGGCCAUUUCACUGGGAAUUUCAGCUUCAGUAAUUGACACUACUUCUUGUGGAAUACUUUCAGGAUCAAGGAUUCUCUAUGCAGCAAGCCAAGGAGGACAACUGCCACUGGUCUAUUCUAUGCUUAAUGAGCAUCUCUCACCAGCUCCAGCUGUGAUCCAGUUAAUAAUUUUAGCGUCUGUUGCUGUUAUACCAUCAAAUCUGACCCAAUUAAUAAAAUAUGUGGCAUUAAUAUGUUCAUUUUUACAAGGGCUAAAUAUGGUUGCUUUACUUAAAUCAAGGUUCCAGAAUCCAGAUCUACCAAGACCUUAUAAGGUUUGGCUGCCAGUGAUAUUUGCAUCCUUAGCUUUUUCACUCUUUCUAAUUUUUAUGCCAAUCAUUCAAUCUCCUAAAAUGGAGCAUAUUUAUCAACUUGUCUUUGUUUUAAGUGCACUUCUGUAUUACCGGCUUCAUGUUCACCUUAAUCAAAGUUCUGUUUUCUCUGAGAAAGUCACUUGUUACUUACAAUUAUUAUUUAAUCUGUCACCUUCAGAAGAUCACGAAAAUUGUAUUUUGGCAGAUAAACAUUGA